AGAGACACAAACAACUUCAAAAUCUGCAGGUAUCCAGACUACUGUCACGAUUGGAAGAGCGAGCACACUGCUCAAUAGAAAGUUAACUGCAAUGCGCAAUUAUGGGCAUGGUUUAAUUACGAUACAAUAAUUUAAACAUCCGUCGGACAGACACAUUUCAAUUCUACGGAGUGUUACGUACAGGCCUACACCCGGAAGGAGGACAUUUAGUGAAGAACAGAAUUAACGAUUUAUCGUCGGGGAUUUUUCUUUGCUAAAAGAUGCCACUACUCACAGAACUGUUUCCCCAGCGGAGCAAACCAUCUCGAAGCGCUAAGAAGGCGCACGGCAGGGCGGGAGGCCUUGGUGUCUGCGUCCUACCCAGCAUCCCAGAAAGCCCCGCACUCCAGGUGCCGAAGCGCUCUCCAGCGCAGACCAGAGCCGCUCCGUUCCUCUGCAAACUUCCACUCAGGAAAAUCUUUUCGCCCAGAGCGUCCGCGUCCGGCAGCAAGGCAGUGAUGGACUCUUUCAUCUACGAAAACUGGCGGGUCCAUCCCCGCGGCCCCGCACCCCGGUGGGCGUUUGAGGACGACCGAGCGCGCGGGCGGGAAUCCCUCUGCGAAAGGCUGGAUAAACGCCCGGGCGAGGACGCGCAUAAGCGCUCCGUCUCCCGAGAAGGUCUCGGUGACCAGCGCCAUGGCAACGGGACAAGGCGUCGCUGCUCCGCCGUUAUCAGGGGGGGCCGAUCCAAGGGCCGCAAACGGAAGGAGGGCCACGCCCUCGCGGAGCCGGGAAAAGAGAUGAAGUCUUUGAGCAUCCGUGACUUUUACAAGCGCUGCAAGAUUGACUGCUGGAAAAAAAUUAACGGCUGCAGCGUUUUCAAAGCCUGAAUCGGCCAUCUACUGAAGCGUUUAAAAAAAGUUAUUUUAAGCCUCAAAACAAUUGUCCUUUUUACUUAAACAUAAUAAAGUUGCAAUUAAUAAAUUC